GUUCAGAAGUUCAUCGGGUGUGAGCUUGCGUGAGCUUGCGACAGUAAAUCCGAAUGGAUAAGAACUCAUACUGAACCUCUUCAAUUUCGACCGAAAAAUCAUCAGAAAUGGCUUACAUUACCUAUGCAUUGUGUCUGUGCUCGUUGUUCAUAUUGUUCUCGCCUCUUGUGUCCGCAAAUCGUCGCAUCCGGCGACAAAAUCGAUCCGAUCGCCUGCUGGCUGACAUCGGAGUACGUGCCCAGUCCUACGAUCCCCAUUUGCCGGAAAAUGGCAUUCAGCAGUACACCGACAUUGACCAGGAUCUGCGUCACGUAUUCCUCAACACCAGGCAGACCAUGCUGAGAUGGGCCCUCAACAACAUCGAGGCGCUGAACAGCCGCGGCAGACGCGAGGGUAAACUCCAGUCUCCGGUGUCCAAGAAGGUGCCCUUCCAGUGUCCCACGAACAACACACGGUCCCCGAGUCCGCCCACUUCCAUCGAGCACCUCAGGCCGGGUGAUAUUGACAUCAUAGCUGCCUUCGGCGACUCCCUGUCCGCAGGCAACGGAAUUCUGUCCAACAACGCCAUCGACAUGAUCAACGAGUUCCGCGGCCUGACCUUCUCGGGCGGCGGCCUGGCCAAUUGGCGUAGGUUUGUGACCCUGCCGAACAUCCUGAAGAUCUUCAAUCCCAAGCUGUACGGCUUCGCGGUGAGCAACAGCCUGGUGAUCAACCACCGAUCCUCGCGACUGAACAUCGCCGAGCCGAUGAUCAUGUCGCGGGAUCUGCCCUUCCAGGCUCGUGUGCUCAUCGAUCUGCUGCGGCGCGAUCGCAAUGUGGACAUGAAGCGGCACUGGAAGCUGCUGACGGUGUACGUGGGAAACAACGACAUCUGCUCCGACCUGUGCCACUGGGACACGCCGCAGAGCUUCCUCGACCAGCACGCGCGCGAUCUGCGCCAGGCAUUCCGGCUGCUGCGCGACCAUGUGCCGCGCCUGCUGAUCAACCUGAUUGUGGUGCCAAACAUCCCGCUGGUGCUGAGCACCAUGACCCAGGUGCCACUGCAGUGCUUCGUGGUGCACCGUGUGGGAUGCCACUGCCUGAUCAACGACCGUCUCAACCGCACCGAGUUCAAUGAGCGCAUGGACACCCUGACCCGUUGGCAGCAGCUGGACAUGGAGGUCGCCCGGCUGCCCGAGUUUCAUCGCCAGGACUUCGCCAUCGUUGCCCAUCCGAUGCUGACCAAACUGACCGCUCCCGUUCUGCCCGAUGGGAAGACGGACUGGCGGUUCUUCUCCCACGACUGCUUCCACUUCAGCCAGCGCGGCCACGCGAUCAUCUCGAACCUGUUGUGGAACAGCAUGCUCCUGCCGGACGAGCAGAAGCCACGACCUUCGGUGGUGCCCGAGCUGUUCGAGCGGGUCGUUUGCCCCACUGCGGAGCAGCCCUACUUUGUGGUCAGGCCAAGUUGAGGGUCUCCCAAGAUCGGGAACGGGUUAAGUUACUUGGUUAAGCUGUCUGGUGACCCUUUUCUUGGCGGUACCGCAGUCUGGUGUGCACGGAGAAAAAUUGCUUUUUAUUCGCAUAUCAAAUUAUCGUUGUCUACGCACAGAGAGCAUCUUUCGACCGUAAACUACUUGUUUGCGCGAAAGUGCUGGACUCUAAAUUAUUCAUAAUAAAUUAUUAUUAUUUAUAACCAUAAUAUACAAAAUGUGCCACUUCCACUUCAGCAAAUCGUAUGCGGAAUGCAUUGGAUAGUGCAAAGAAAACUAUAAGGAUUUUGUUCCAAAAAAUAAUAAUAUUCGA